AACUCCGGUGGAAAAGCGCCCCAAGCUGUCACAGCCUAGAGAUCUUGGGGCUGCAGCCCUCGCGGCCUGCCGACGGGGCAGAGGGCGCCGGUGGAACUGGCUCCCUGCAGCUCUGCGGCGGCGCGCGGACCUCGGCUGUGUGCGAGGUGGCAGGGGAGACUGGCGGGAUGCGAGCCGGAACUCGGCCGCAGCAUCUUCUACCUCCUCAGGACAACCGCGCAGCCAUGGGCUACCAGAGGCAGGACCCUGUCAUCCCACCGCAGGAUUGCCUUAUUCAAUGAAGCAAGCUGGGUUUCCUUUGGGAAUAUUGCUUUUAUUCUGGGUUUCAUAUGUUACAGACUUUUCCCUCGUUUUAUUGAUAAAAGGAGGGGCCCUCUCCGGAACAGACACCUACCAGUCUUUGGUCAAUAAAACCUUCGGCUUUCCAGGGUAUAUCCUUCUCUCUGUUCUUCAGUUUUUGUAUCCUUUUAUAGCGAUGAUAAGUUACAAUAUAAUAGCUGGAGAUACUUUGAGCAAAGUUUUUCAAAGAAUCCCAGGAGUUGAUCCUGAAAAUGUGUUUAUUGGUCGCCACUUCAUUAUUGGGCUUUCCACAGUUACCUUUACUCUGCCUUUAUCCUUGUACCGAAAUAUAGCGAAGCUUGGAAAGGUUAUGCUGCUUUUAAUGUCGACUGCAUUUAGAGUAGUGGAGGCAGCAGGUGGCAGUAGUUCCCACUCCCAAAACUGGGACUUGGAGCAAGUCUUACAACAAUCCGUGGCCUACCCUUACAGGCCAGCCUUUCUACCAAAAACAGAAGAUGCUUGGGUAUUUGCAAAGCCCAAUGCCAUUCAAGCGGUCGGGGUUAUGUCUUUUGCAUUUAUUUGCCACCAUAACUCCUUCUUAGUUUACAGUUCUUUAGAAGAACCCACAGUAGCUAAGUGGUCCCGCCUUAUCCAUAUGUCCAUCGUGAUUUCUGUAUUUAUCUGUAUAUUCUUUGCUACAUGUGGAUACUUGACAUUUACUGGCUUCACCCAAGGAGACUUAUUUGAAAAUUACUGCAGAAAUGAUGACCUGGUAACAUUUGGAAGAUUUUGUUAUGGUGUCACUGUCAUUUUGACAUACCCUAUGGAAUGCUUUGUGACAAGAGAGGUAAUUGCCAAUGUGUUUUUUGGUGGGAAUCUUUCGUCGGUUUUCCACAUUGUUGUAACAGUGAUGGUCAUCACUGUAGCCACGCUUGUGUCAUUGCUGAUUGAUUGCCUUGGGAUAGUUUUAGAACUCAAUGGUGUGCUCUGUGCAACUCCCCUCAUUUUUAUCAUUCCAUCAGCCUGUUAUCUGAAACUGUCUGAAGAACCAAGGACACACUCCGAUAAGAUUAUGUCUUAUGUCAUGCUUCCCAUUGGUGCUGCGGUGAUGGUUUUUGGAUUCGUCAUGGCUAUUACAAAUCCUCAAGACUGCACCCACGGGCAGGAAAUGUUCUACUGCUUUCCUGACAAUUUCUCGCUCACAAAUACCUCAGAGUCUCAUAUUCAGCAGACAACACAACUUUCUAUUUUAAAUAUUAGUAUCUUUCAAUGAGUUGACUGCUUAAAAAAAUGUAUGUUUUCAUAGACUUUAAAAUACAUAACAUUUACAUGUUUUAGUCUGUAUUUAUAUUAUAUAAAGUUGUUAUUUUGGCAUUU